UUCUACUAGAAUCUAGAUUACUAGAUCUAGUCAGUCUAGAUCUAGAUUAUUCUAGAUUCUAAAUGUUUUUGUUUUGUUUUCCUAUCGGUGACAAUCGGUCCGAUAAUUAAAUAUUAAUCCUAGAAUUAGAAUGCCUAGAUCUAUAACUAUAAUUUAAAUUAUUAAUAAUAGUAUAGUAUAAGUACUAUUAUAUUAUAAUUAUAUUUAUGAGUAUGAAUUAUACUAAUUAUAGAAUACUUAUAUAAUAUAUAUAUACUUAGACUAAUACUAUGAAUGAUAAUGAGACUGUCACUGAGUCGAGUCACUAUAUGACAUGUAUGUGACAGUAACUUGUCACAGUAUGAAUCUAUGAAUCAGUAUCAGUGAGUAUGUGAUUCAUAGGCCUAUGUAUUAUGUUCCUUCAGCAGACUUCAUAAUCACAGAGCUGAAGUCACUGAAGAUAAUCUAGACAUCCUUUCUAGAAUCUUUGAAUCUACUUUCUUAGACUUUCUACUAGUUCUAACGGUAACAUUCUAGUCCAAACCUCCUGCAGGAUGAUGGGGGAUGGCAGCAGGCAGGGUAUGAUGACUCAGAUGAGUACUACUACUAUUUUCUAGAUCUAGAUUCUAUGACUGUCUUACCAUCAAGACGACUGAGCUGAGCCGAGGUGGACGACCAGUCUUCAGGCAGCCUUCUGGCUAUAAAGUCCUACUCCUAGAAAACUAUCUAAGAGUCAAGAAGAUGUCAAAGUUAUUUAGAUCCUACAAUCUAGAUUGACUUUAUCUAGACUCUAGACCUACUACUGCUACUAUCUUUAACUUUGUAACUUUUGUUAUGGUACUGUAAAAAUGGCAAAUGAUUUAACUAACUCAAUUAUGCGAACUGUUUCCUUUGUGGAGAGAAUAGAAGUGGAAUUUCAUGGUAACAUUAUGACUCAAACAAUGGUCUUAGCUGAUGUUGAUAAUGAUAUGGCUAAUGAACUUAUAGUGGGAAACAUAGAUGGUUUUGUGGCAAUAUUUAAAGGAGAAUCAGCUCAACCAUGGAAGAAGACAACUGUCAAUGGAAUGCUGACUUGUUUGGCUGUUGGAAAAGUGCAUCUAUCAAACAAGAAUAGUCUUGUGUGUAUGACAGCUGAAGGAUGGUGCUAUAUCUACAACAUAAAUUCAGACUCAUCUAGUCAGAUCAAUAAUUCAGUGGAAGAUGAUGGUGAGAGCCCUAGCCUAAAGCCAGUCUUUACACAAGAACUGCCUGCAAAUGCAAAAGUAAUGUGCCUUGCUGAUAUAGAUUCUGAUGGCCAUAUUGAAAUGGUGAUUGGUUAUUCUGAUCGUGUUGUCAGAGCUUUUCGUUGGAAAGAUAAUCCUGAUUCAGAUGGUGGUCAGUUUGUUCUAAUACAAAGAUGGCAGCUUGCAGGUCAGAUUGGCAGCAUAACUAUUAAUUACAAUAAGUAUCAUGAACCAGAACUGAUGGUUUCCCAACCAGGCGCAACGUUUGUCACACUUCUGCUCAAACCAACAUUCAGACAAAUUAAGUCUGACAGUUAUCUGGACAAGAUGACAGGAACAAAGAAAGAUAGCUCUUUUGAAAGGAAUGGGAGCUUUGUUUCAGCUGGUAGAGCUGACAUCAUUGCCAGCAAGUCAGACAUUUCCUCCAUCCACUCAGACAGUAUGUCCAACAAUCUAGCUGACAGUUCACAAGACCUGAACAGAAGUGAUUCAAUGUCACAAAAACAAAAUAGUAGAAUGGAUCAAGGUGAUCACAACAAGUCACCUGAAAAGCCAGAAUUAAAGUCCAAAGUGAGCUUGACCCUGGACAAACUGACCUCCUCCCCACCAGCCAAGACAAGCUUCAGUUCUCCUGAUUGUUCAGAGCAUGAUAAGUCAGAUGAAAAAUUGAAUCAUAUAUUUGAUGUAAAAGAUUCUUGCGAAGAAGAAAUAUUUAAACCAAACCUCAUCUACCAUCCUCUGGCACAUAUGCAAGCAAGGAAUAAAGACACAAGCACUGUAAUCGUUGGUGGAAUCAACAGAGAGAGGGUCUCCCAAUCCAGUAGUGACUCUGAGUUGCACACUACAGCUACUUAUUAUGCACUGGCAACUUUAGAUGGUUCUUUAAUUUUAGUAGAAAAUGACAGCAUACUGUGGUCAUUACAAGUGGAUCAUUACCUUUUUACUUUGGCUAAAUUGGAUGUAACAGGAAAUGGUCAGGAGGAAGUCGUCUGCUGCUCAUGGAGUGGACAAACAUACAUUGUUAAUCACAGCAAAGAAAUAGUUCGUUACAAUUUCCCCGACAGUGUUGCAGCAUUUUGUGCAGGAAACUAUUCACUGCAUGGGGAAGACUCCAACUCACCUUGUUUUGUUUAUGCUACAUUCAACAACAAGAUCUACAUUUACCCAAACCUGACAUUGCCUAGGGUAGAGUCCACCAACUUGCUGGAAGUUAUGCAGCGGAGACCAGGGACUCGUGAACUAUUGCAGAAACUAAACAUCAAUGCUGAUGAUCAUGAAACCCUGAGAAAGUUGUAUCGUUAUUGUCUUUAUGGUCAACACAAAAAGCCAAAGGAGUAAUUACUUACUUUAUCACUUUGAUACACAAGAAAUAUCUUUAAAGAAUACUAUAUUAGUAUUUCUAAACAAAAAUAUGAAUGUGUAUGAAUUCAAGAGAUGUUGUUUUCACUUUUUGUUUUCUCUUUUUUUUUUAUACCAUUACAUUAUCACUUUUCAUAAAUCAAAUAAAAAAAAUAAAUGAAAUGAUAAGUUGCA